CGUACUGUAGCUUUAAGAUUCCGUUCUCAAUAUCAUUACCAUGCCUUUGCGAACGUGGGCAUUGGCAUGCUUGGCGGUUCUAACACUCUUCGUGUUAUCCGAAGCAGUGAAAAAAGAAGACUUCAAAACAUGCUCGCAGUCAGCCUUCUGUAGACGAAACCGUGCUUUGGCGGAUUCGGUCAAUGCAGAUGCUCAUUGGACCUCUCCUUACACUUUGGUGAAAGGCAGUAUUCGAUUUUCAAACAACUACAUGACAGCCGAUGUUCAAAAUACCCAAACAAACAACGUUCUGGUUUUGGAGUUGCAAGUGCUGGUUGAUAACACGGUUCGAGUCCGCAUGGAUGAAAAAUCUCCAAUUCUCCCUAGAUACAGAGAUCACGAACAGUUUACACUGGUAGACAAGGCGAAGCCAAUCAAACCAUUCCAGAGUGGAAAGAACACCGACGGCGUCGUCAAGAUCGCCCUUGAUGCCGAACGCAAAAUCGUCGUCACGCCCUCUCCUCUCGUUAUUGAGUUCUACGUCAAAGACGAGCCGGUUAUUACUUUGAAUGACCGCGGUUUCUUCAACUUUGAGCACUUGCGUACGAAGGAAUCCCAUAAGCCCAAGAUGGUGAAGCAAAAGAAGGAGGAUGGAACUGAAGAGGAGGUUGAGGCUCCUGAGGAAAAAGAUCUUUGGGAGGAAACCUUCAAGACUUGGACUGAUUCAAAGCCUCGUGGCCCUGAAUCUAUUGGUAUGGAUAUAUCCUUCAACGGAUUUAGCCAUGUUUAUGGUAUUCCCGAACACGCAAGUACCUUCUCUCUGAAGGAAACUCGUGGUGGUGAAGGUGCAUACGAAGAACCCUACAGACUUUACAAUGCUGAUGUGUUUGAAUAUGAAAUGGACAGCCCUGCUGCUCUUUAUGGAUCCGUACCUUUCAUGAUGGCUCAUCGCAAGAACGAAUCUGUUGGUGUUUUUUGGAUGAACCCCUCAGAAACCUGGAUCGAUAUCGUGAAGACAACCGAACAAGCUGAAGGUACUGCCGUUCAAAAGGUGCUCAACCUUGUCAAACCCUCUUCCAACAAGAAGAGCACAAAGACUCAUUGGAUCUCGGAAGCUGGCAUUCUUGAUAUUUUCGUGUUCUUUGGUCCUAGCAGCAAAGAUAUUUUCCGUCAAUAUACUCGUUUGACUGGUCAGCCUGCCAUGCCACAAAACUUUGCUAUUGCCUACCACCAAUGUCGUUGGAACUACAUCAACCAAAACGACGUGCACGAAGUUGACAGUCAAUUUGAUCACCAUGAUAUACCAUAUGACGUAAUUUGGCUCGACAUCGAACACAACGAUGGCAAACGCUACUUCACUUGGGACAGUGGUAAAUUCCCUGAUCCCAUCAAGAUGCAGAAGGAACUGGACCAAAAGGGUCGCAAACUUGUUACCAUUAUCGAUCCCCACAUCAAGAGGGAUGACAACUACUACGUCUGCAAGGAAGCCAAGGACAAGAGUUUGUUCGUCAAGCAGCCAUCAGGCGACGAUUAUGAAGGCUGGUGCUGGCCUGGACAGUCUUCCUGGGUUGACUAUACCAAUGCCGAGUCUCGCAAAUGGUGGGCUGAUAAGUUCAAGCUUGACAACUACGAGGGCUCCACUGAAGCUCUGUUUGUUUGGAACGACAUGAAUGAGCCUUCCGUCUUCAAUGGUCCCGAAAUUACUAUGCCCAAGGAUAUGGUUCACAAUGGAGGUUGGGAGCAUCGUGUCCUUCACAACGUUUAUGGACAAAUCUACCACGGAUCAACUGCACAAGGUCUUGAACAACGCACCAAUGUGCCCAAGCGACCAUUUGUCUUGUCAAGAGCAUUCUAUGCUGGUACUCAGCGUUUCGGCUCUAUCUGGACGGGUGAUAAUAUGGCCCAAUGGGAUGCUCUUCAAGCAUCUAUGCCUAUGAUCCUGACCAUCGGUGUCUCAGGUAUUCCGUUUGCAGGAGCCGAUGUUGGUGGAUUUUUCAACAAUCCAUCCACUGAGCUGUUGGUCCGAUGGUACCAAGCCGGAGCUUUCCAACCUUUCUUCAGAGCCCAUGCCCAUAUCGAUACAAAACGCCGAGAGCCCUGGUUGUUUGGAGAUCCUUACACAUCCAUGAUUCGAAGCGUUGUUAGGGAGAGAUACGCGCUGUUGCCUUAUUGGUAUAAUACCUUCCAAGAAGCCCACGAGACUGGUGUACCCAUCAUGAGACCCUUGAUGGUUGAAUACCCUGAGGAUGAAAAUGUAUUUGCUAUGGAAGACCAGUAUUUGAUUGGAAGCGGUAUCCUGGUAAAGCCCGUCACCGAAGAAGGCGCUACGCAGACGAAUGUUUACUUCCCACCUAGCGACAUUUGGUAUGAUCUGCAUACACACAACCUUGUUCAUGGCCAGGGAUCCCAAGUGGUAUCCGCGCCGCUGGAUGUUGUUCCGGUAUUCUAUCGCGGUGGUUACAUCGUUCCUCGUCGAGAACGCCUACGUCGCAGCUCUCAUGCCAUGACCCUUGACCCCUUCACCCUGGUCAUUGCCUUAGAUAAGCAGGGUGAAGCCAAUGGUAGCUUGUACCUUGAUGAUGGAGAAACAUAUGCUUACGCAAAGGCGGAAUUUUUGAAAGUUUGCAUCCACCAUUGCCUCUGUACGUGUUGAACGUUUGGUGAUUCUCGGUCAAGUUACAGCCACCAAGGCCGUAGCUACCGAUGCCGCUGGGUCACGUCAACUCCAAAUCGAAGAAACAAAGAGUGGAAAGAUCGUUGUUAGAGAUCCUGCCGUCCUCAUUACCGAGAACGGAUGGAAGAUUGAACUUUCCUAAAGGUUCAUCUCCUUGGCCUUAGAGUUUCAGUUUUUUCUUCGAAAAAUAAAAAAAAAAACACACUGUUUACUUUUCCACUCAUCC